AUGGCGCCCGUGGACGUGGAGACGGAGAAAUCCAUUACUCUUCCACCACCACACUUUGUUCUGGUCCCACUCAUGGGGCAGGGCCACACCACCCCCAUGGCCGACCUUGCGUGCCUCAUUGUGGGGCGCGGCGCGCGAGUCAGCCUCGUCACCACGCCCGUCAAUGCCGCGCGCCUGCGGGGACUAGCCGCCAUGGCGCGGAGCGCCCUGUUGCCGCUGGAAAUUGUCGAGCUCCCAUUCCCGCCGGCCGACGACGGGCUGCCCCGGGGCAGCAACGACAAUAGUGACAAUGUCCUUCAAUUGUUCCUGUCCCUCUAUAGGCUCGCCGGGCCACUCGAGGCCUACGUGCGCUCGCUGCCCUGGCGCCCCAGCUGCAUCAUCUCCGACUCCUGCAACCCGUGGACGGUCGGCGUCGCCAGGAGCGUCGGGAUCCCUCGGCUCACCUUCACCGGCCCUUCCUGUUUCUACUCGCUCUGCGACUUCAACGUCGCCAAGCACGGGCUUCUUCACAACGGCGGCGUUGUGCCAGGCAUGCCGGUGCAAGUGGAGUUGAGCAAGGACACAUGGGCCGCCGCCUUCCUAACUUGCAUGCCUGCAUGGGGGAAGUUCGUGGAGGAGGUGAGGGAGGGCAUCCGCAUGGCCGACGGCGCCGUGGUGAACACGUUCCUGGGCCUCGAGGAGCAGUUCGUCGCAUGCUACGAGGCAGCGCUGGGCAAGCCGGUGUGGGCGCUCGGGCCCUUCUUCCUCAAUAGCCGGGACGAGGAGGCACGCGCCGUAGACCAGAGCGCGGUCAUCGCUUGGCUGGACAUGAUGGACCAAAGCACGGUCGUGUAUGUCUGUUUCGGUAGCCUCGCGCAGAUGCUUCCCAAGCAGCUCUAUGAGGUCGGAUACGGCCUUGAGGACUCUGGGAAGCCGUUCCUUUGGGUGGUGAAGGAGUCCGAGAUUGUGUUGCCGGAAGCGCAAGAGUGGCUCCAAGCCCUCGAGGCACGUACAGCAGGGCAGGGGCUCAUAGUGCGUGGAUGGGCGCCUCAACUCGCCAUUCUAUCGCACCGCGCCGUUGGUGGCUUCAUGACGCACUGCGGGUGGAACUCCCUGCUGGAGUCCGUCGCGCAUGGCGUGCCUGUCAUAACGUGGCCUCACUUCGGCGACCAGUUCCUCAACGAGUGGCUUGCUGUGCACGUACUUGGGGUGGGCGUGCCCGUGAUGCCAUUCGGUAAUGACAAGGCCAUGGUGCGGGGGCACAUUGCGCGAGCAGUGUCGGAGCUGAUGGGCGGCGGGGCAGUGGCAGAGGAGAGGAGGAUAAAGUGCAAGGAGUACAAGGAGAGAGCUCACGGAGCCAUAGCGAAAGGAGGCUCAUCGCAUGAAAACCUGACGCUGCUAUUACACAGCUUCAUGUGGAGUGGCAGCAAGGAAUAGUAGAUUCAGAAUUGUUAGGCACUGAAUUCCGUUGCUCUGCUAGGUGAAGUGUGAAUCGUGCUAAACUGUCAAAGGACAACAAAUGGUCCAAAUCUCUAGUAUCAAUGCUCAAGAAUAUCCCUACCACUUGGUUAUUUUGCCCACUAGAAAUGGACAUCCCCUCCUCGAACCUUUUCCACCACCAAAAGGGGUACCAGUA